ACAGUAGACGUGCGUUAUGCGUAAAAACGCGCGAAAUGCGGGUAGCAUGUGAACGAAUUUAAGUAAACAAACAUUGUUAGUUUUCUGUAGUCAUGUUUUGCGAAAAAGCCUUCCGUUUAAUUAAGGACCUCCAGAGAGCAGCGGAUAACCUUCCAGCAUUCAAUGAUGAUUUGGUUAGACAGGUUUUAGAAGAGAUGCAAGCACUGUAUGAACAGAAUUUAAAGGACGCAAACACCACCGUCUCGGGAAAUGCGUCUUAUUUUCAUGGUGUACACUUGCGUCAUACGGCCCUAGAGAGAAAUCAAAGGUGUCUUCUAGCAUACAUAUACAACCGUUUGCAAAAAAUUCGGAAAAUGCGCUGGGAAUUCGGAAGUAUAUUACCAGCUGACGUCAAAUAUAAUUUAUCUGAGGCAGAGAUACAGUGGUUUAGCAACUACAGCAAAACAUUGGCAUCAUAUAUGAGAUCCAUUGGUGAUAAUCAUGGAUUAAAUUUGAUGCAAGAUCUGAAACCACCAAAAUCCUUGUACAUUGAGGUCCGUUGCCUUGUUGAUUAUGGUAAGUUUGAGCUGGAUGAUGGUGAAGUGAUUGUCUUGAAGAAAAACAGCCAGCAUCUACUGCCAAGAUCACAGUGUGAACCCCUCAUUCGACAAGGAAUACUGCAACAUUUAUUGCAUUGAUGAAUGAUUGAUAUUGGACAUGUUUUGUGGGGAAAUUAUUCAACUGCAAUCUUAUAAAUUUUCAUCCAGAUGUGCUAGACAUCUAUAUGGGAAAUUUUGGAUCUUGUAUCUUCAGUUGAGUGGUAUAUAAUGGGCACACACUUUGUAAGUGUAAUUUUAUGUUUUAGUUUGUUGGUUGGUACACUUCACUUGUUUAGGUUGUAAAGUUUUUAUGUCAAAAGGUAACUACAAAUUUUUGUUGAGUUUUAAUUAACACAAAUAAAGUGUAUUAUUUACAAACAU